ACUGGAAUGAAGCUAAAUUCUUAGAAGAUGAAUGUUUCAAAAAGGUUUAGUCCUACAUUUAUAUAGUUUAUAAUCAAAGUUUAAGAGAAGCUAUUAACAUUAAUAUAUCUAUUUUCAGAAGACAAACCUGUAAUUUUUCAGGAAUUCUAGGAACUUAUUUAGAUAAAUAAAAAAUAUCAAUGUUAUAUAAAAGAGGAUCGUAGAAACAGAAUCAGUUGAUGAAUAUGUUAAAGGUGUUUGGAUAAGAUUGCUUAUUGCAUUUCUAAAACUUUAAGUAGUAGAUCAGAUAUAUAUUAUACUUAGUAUAUUCAGGUUCUCAAGUACAAGAUAAUAUCAAGAUAAAAGUGACUUAGAAAAUAAGAUAUUAUCAACUUUCCUUACAAAAAGUAGUUAUGAAUUCAUUACUUAUGAUACAUCUAAACCAGUUAAUGCUGUUGAUGGUUAAUUACCAUAUGAUAGUAUUGAAAGAGAAUGGACAUAUGUUUAGACUGUUCUUAAAAUGAAUAUUUUAUGGAAUGAUAUCGUUUAAAGAACAAUAUAAGGCAAUCCUCUAACAUUAGAUGUUACUCAUUAGGUGCUAAUUGGAUAUGCACAUUUUUUUCUAGGAGUAAGAGAAUUAGGUUAAUAGUUUGUUUUUUGA